CGGCGGGAAAACGAGAAAGAGAAAUGGCGCGGAAACGACUGCUGUUUAAAAAAUUCCAAAAAACAAAAAAGCAAGGAAUUGUUGCUAUCAUGCGCCCGGAGCCUUUUUAAGCCACGUGGUUAACAAAGAUAAUCACGCGACGAUGACGUCAUAUAAACGACGCCGUUGGACUCUAUCUUCAACUUCCACUUUCAGGGGACUCGGUGCCACUGCAAUUCUGAGAGACUUUUGUAUCCGAGUCAUCCCGGAUUUUGUAACUGGCCGGUUUUUCUGUCGUAAUUCUUCAAUUAUAUCACCGUAAUGUCUGUGGUUUGCAGCUCUGGAACAAUUAGCGGAGAUUAUGCGGCGUUUGUAAUUUCUUCGCCGCCGUCUACCUCCGCCUAUGCAUCGUUUUCAUUCCCCUUGGCAUCCUCUUCCGCAAAAUUCUCUAAAUUCAAACCACGCCAAGCACUGCUGUCUUCAUCUUCUUUGUCAUGUGAUAGGAGAAAAUUUCCGGUUUGUUUGAAUAAGUCUUCCGAGGAGGAGGCGGAAGUAUCGGAGGUGGAAGACGAGUGGUUGCAGAGACUUCCGGAUAAGACGAAGCCAUUGUACUCUCACAGUUUACCUUCCUUAGAGGCGUGGUUGAGAAGCUUAGGGUUUUAUCAGAGCAAAGAGGAUAGAGCUGUUUGGUUUGUGGAGAAACCUGAUUGGCAUGCCCAGCUCUCUCUUGAUGUCACUGACCUCUAUAUUAGGUAUCUGAAAACUGGACCAGGGAAUCUUGAAAAAGAUAUGGAAAGGAGAUUCAGUUAUGCCCUAAGUAGGGAGGAUAUUGAGAAUGCCAUACUUGGAGGUCCAUGAAAGCAAAUAUAAGCCUAAUUUUUCCGGCCUUUGGAGUAGGAGAGCCUCCUUUUAUUAUUUAGGAAUAGUUAGGUAUCCCUCAAUCAAUCCAUUUUAAUCCGUUGUUAAUCAUUGUUGAUAGUGCUGGAUUCAAUUCUGAAAUGCAUAGAGGCCGAGGUUUAGAGCGUUCUUCCAGAUGUCGAAUGAUUCUAUAGUGCACAUUCAAGUGUAACUCCCAUACAUACAUUUUUGAAUACGAUUACUGAACAUUUGAGUUUAAAUCCAGUAAUGGAUAAUAUGGAUUACAUCUCUCUGUUCAUGAGGAGAUGUUUUUGGCUUCUUAA